AUGCCACUGCUGCGGAAGGUGCUGCGGGUCUCCAAUCGCUCCAUGCUCGCCUUCAUCUUCUUUUUCUCCUUCUCCUCCUCCUGCCUCUACUUCAUCUAUGUGGCCCCCGGGAUCGAUUAUCCUGAAGGAAACAAUUCUAGUGACUGUGUUGCUCAAACAACAAUGUAUCUUCCAGAAAACUUCACUUACUCUCCUUACCAGGCUUGUCCAGAGAAGCUGCCUUACAUGAGAGGCCUUAUCGAUGUUAAUAUGAGUGAAAUUAGUUUUGAUGAAAUUCAGCAACUCUUUUCAAAAGAUUUAGACAUUAAACCAGGAGGACACUGGAAACCAAAAGACUGUAAGCCACGAUGGAAGGUGGCGAUCCUUAUUCCUUUUCGGAAUCGCCAUGAGCAUCUUCCAAUUUUUUUCCGUCAUCUGAUACCUAUGUUGCAGAAGCAGCGGCUGGAAUUUGCCUUCUAUGUUGUUGAACAGACAGGUGUGCAACCUUUUAAUCGUGCAAUGCUCUUUAAUGUUGGCUUCAAAGAGGCUAUGAAGGAUGCUGUCUGGGACUGCAUAAUAUUUCAUGAUGUGGAUCACUUACCUGAAAAUGACCGAAAUUAUUAUGGAUGUGGAGAAAUGCCACGCCAUUUUGCAGCAAAGCUGGACAAAUACAUGUACAUUCUUCCAUACAAUGAGUUCUUUGGUGGUGUAAGUGGACUGACAGUGGAACAAUUCAAGAAGAUCAAUGGGUUUCCAAAUGCCUUUUGGGGAUGGGGUGGAGAAGAUGAUGAUCUUUGGAACAGGGUUCACUAUGCCGGAUACAACGUAACAAGACCAGAGGGAGAUUUAGGGAAGUACAAAUCCAUCCCUCAUCAUCACAGAGGUGAAGUCCAGUUUUUAGGACGAUACAAACUUCUAAGGUAUUCCAGAGAACGUCAGUAUGUUGACGGGUUGAACAAUUUAAUAUAUACUCCUAAAAUACUUAUCAGUAGAUUGUAUAAAAAUAUAACUGUUAAUCUCAUACCAGAACUUGCUCCUGUUAGAGACUAUUGA